UCUGCAUAAUAUUAAAAAUGACUGAUAAAAUUAUAUAUACGGCCAAUGAUGUUCGUCAAGCAUUUAUAGACUUUUUUGUUGACAAACAACAUUCGUAUCAUCAUUCAUCUUCUGUGAUUCCUUAUGAUGAUCCAACACUUUUAUUUACAAAUGCUGGAAUGAAUCAAUUUAAGCCUGUAUUUCAAGAGACUGUAGAUCCAAAUAGUGAUUUGGGUAAAUUGAAGAGAGCAGUUAAUACACAAAAAUGUAUUCGCGCUGGAGGAAAACAUAAUGAUUUGGAUGAUGUUGGAAAAGAUGUUUACCAUCAUACUUUCUUUGAAAUGCUUGGAAAUUGGUCUUUUGGUGAUUAUUUUAAGAAAGAGAUUUGUACGUGGGCAUGGGAGUUUCUCACAAAUUGGUUACAAAUUCCUCCAGAACGUUUAUAUGUUUCGUAUUUUGGUGGCGAUUCCUCUGCUGGACUUGAACCCGACGAGGAAUGCAAAAAAAUUUGGCUUUCUCUUGGUGUAAAUCCAAAUCAUCUCCUCCCUUUUGGAAUGAAGGACAAUUUUUGGGAAAUGGGUGAUACAGGCCCUUGUGGUCCUUGUUCUGAAAUUCAUUAUGACCGUAUCGGAAAUAGAGAUGCUUCUUCUCUUGUAAAUGCUGACGAUCCAAUGGUUGUAGAAAUUUGGAAUUUAGUUUUCAUUCAAUUUAAUAGAGAAGAAGGGGGUUUGUUAAAAUCUCUUCCAAAUAAACAUAUUGAUUGUGGACUUGGACUUGAACGAUUAGUGGCUGUUGUACAAAAUAAAAUAUCAAAUUAUGAUACAGAUUUGUUUACACCUUUAUUUCAAGCAAUACAUGAGUCUACUGGUAUUCGCGAAUAUGAAGGCAAAGUUGGGACUGAAGAUAUUGAUGGUAUUGAUAUUGCUUAUCGUGUUGUAGCUGAUCAUAUUAGAACUUUAACUGUUGCUUUAGCUGAUGGAGGAGUUCCUGACUCGACUGGAAGAGGUUAUGUUCUUCGCCGAAUUUUACGUCGUGGAGUUCGUUUUGCAACUGAAAAAUUGAAUGCAAAACCCGGAUUCUUUGCUUCUCUUGUUCCUGUUGUUAUUGAAAUUUUGGGCAUCACAUUUCCAGAAUUAAAAAAAGAUCCUUCUUCAAUUACUGAACUUAUAAACGAAGAAGAGGCUCAAUUUCUCAAAACUUUACGUCGUGGGCAAAUUCUUUUCGAAAAAGCGGUUAAAACAUUGCCUCCUGAUUCUAAAACAAUUUCUGGACAAAUUGCUUGGCGUCUCUAUGAUACCUAUGGAUUUCCAAUUGAUUUAACUUCAUUGAUGGCUGAGGAGAAGGGUCUUAGCAUUGAUUAUGUUGAUUAUGAGGAGUGUCGGAAAAAGGCUAUUGAACUUUCUUCUUCUGGCGCCACUUUUAAACUUCAAGAAACAUUAAAUCUUGAUGUACAUACAUUAGAAGCACUUAAACGUGAAGGGGUUCCCCCAACAGAUGAUUCUCCAAAAUAUAUUUAUGAUUUUGAUGGACAAUUAAAUUGGAAAGCUGCUUAUAAUUACCAAAUGUGUAAUGGCAAAAUAUUGAAAAUACGAGUCGGAAGUGAAUUUGUUGAUAAAAUAGAGUCUGGGCAGGAAGGGGCAUUAUUACUUGACAAAACUUGUUUUUAUGCAGAACAGGGUGGUCAAAUUUAUGACACAGGAUUAUUUACAAAAAUUGGAGAUGAGGAUGUUGGCUUUUCUGUUACGAAUACACAAAUUCGUGCAGGUUAUAUUUUCUUUUUUGGAGUAGCUGAUGGUGUUCUUUGUGUUGGAGAUGAAUUAAAACAACAAUUUGAUGAAUCACGACGUUGGCUUAUAAUGAAAAACCACACUGGCACACACGUACUUAAUUAUGCAUUACAACAAGUAUUACAAACUGUGGAUCAAAAAGGUUCUUUGGUAGCUCCUGAUAGAAUGCGUUUUGAUUUUUCUUCAAAACAGGCACUUGGUGUUAAAAAAGUUCAAGAACAUGCCCAAACAUUAAUUAACACAAAAGGACAAGUAUAUACAAAAGAAUGUGUGUUGUCUGAAGCUUUAAAUAUUAAUGGAUUGCGAGCUGUUUUUGGCGAAACAUAUCCAGAUCCUGUUCGUGUUGUUUCUGUUGGUAUUCCAAUUGAACAACUCUUGGAAAAUCCUAGCGGUGAUUUGGCCAAUAAAACAUCUGUUGAAUUUUGUGGAGGAACUCAUUUACGCAAUGUUUCACACAUUGGUUCAUUAGUAAUUACAACAGAAGAAGCAAUCGCUAAAGGAAUUCGUCGAAUUGUUGCAAUUACUGGGCCAGAAGGAGAAAAGUCUUUACAAAAUGCUGAGAAAUUGACCAAAAAUUUAAAUGAAUUAACUGAAAUGGCAGAAAAAGAAUAUGAAGAGAUUGGAAAAGAAUGGAAUGAAGAAAGAUUGAAAAAACUUGGGAAAUGUAUUACUGACUUUGAAGAGAAAAUAAAUAAUCAACAAUUGCCAUAUAUCCAAAAAGAUGCUCUUCGUGAAAAUAUUAAAAAAAUUAGGAUGAAUAUGAAAAAAUUAAAAAAGAAUUCAAAGAAAGUAGAAGAUAAUGCAGAAAUUAAUGAAAAUAAUAAAAAAGGGAAUAAGAAGAAUAAUAAAAAGGAAGAGAAAAAAGAAUUAAAUAAUGGGGAGGAAAAAAUUAAAGAACCUUUCUUGAAAAUAAGUCUUGUUUAA